AUGGACGGUCGAGCAUCCACCGCAGAUUCUGACGGCUUCGGCUCGAGCCCGUCCAGCAACAAUGGCGGCACCCGUCUCCCAGGCCUCGCAGGCACCCAGUCCGAGAAGCAGCUCACGCACCGCGAGCUUGCCGCGCUCAAGACGAUCAAGCGCAAUGUGGACAUGACCAAGUACGCAGGCUGGCUGCUGGGUGCUUCGGGAACGUGGAUUCUGCUGUCGAGACGCAAGCCUCCGCCACGAAUGAUUCCCAAAGUGGGCUGGUGUGUGGUGGGAGGACUGGGUGGAUCGUUUCUGACCAUGCCGGCGGGGAUCCUGCUCAGCAGGAACGUGUUGAAGGACGUAGAGGAUCCACAGCAUCUGCGAAAAGUACUGGCAGGGGCGAUCGAGGAGCAGAGACAGGGAAAGAGGCCUCAGGUCGGGGUCGCUCCACCCAAAGGCUUGAACGGAGAGGCCGACUUUGAUCAACAGCAGCAGCCGCAGCAGAACUGGGGCGGUGAAAAGACUGCAGAAAGCUACGGCGCAGGAUACGAUGAAAGGAACGCUACGGCGGAUACAUUCAGUGCGUACUCGACAGCGCAGGGAACUGUCGGCACACGCAGCGGUGGCAGCGGUGCUCGAAACACCUCGACGGAAGCGUCAGCCAACGCGGCGCCCGACGGAACUGGGCCAGGCACACGCUGGGCCCAACUACGAGGAGACCGUGGUGUCGAGCCGAGCAAGUGGGAGCGCAUUCGACAGGACAACGCUCGCACAGCUUACAGCCGCUCUGCCACUUCGUCUCGAGCAGAGCAGAACAACUCGGAGGAUCCGUCGGCUUCCUACUCCGACCAGUCUCAAACAGCAUCGACUCCAUCACAACCGGACAAACCGUUCAACGCGAGCCGAUCGCAACCUCGCAACCGCGACGAACCUGUCAUGACCCUCUCCGGAACUGAGGACGAUCCGCGCUGGACAUCUCCUGCCAGCUUCUCUCCGCAAUCGAGCGGAUGGGGCAACGACGAAUUCGUCGACGAUCCCGCUGCCUCCAAAGGCCGUCAGAACUCAAGCUCUCGACGCAGCUACGGCAUCCUUUCGGUGGUCGAAGACAGUGCGUCCUCCGAAUACCAGAUCGAAUCCGAUGCACCGGUGCAAGUUGUCAAAGGAUCUCUCCUCUCAGCGCUCGUCGGUGGCGUGUCCGGUUCGAUCUACGGCGUGCUCAAAGGUCGUCAAGGAGCAGGAACGGUACUCGGUACAAGGAUGGCUUUCAGCACUUUUGCGUUUGCGUUUCCGUUCUUUGCUGUGAGAGAGUACGUCAUGUCGCCCGUUCUCAACCGUAGUUCGAGCGGAUUUGAUCCGGCGAACAGGAACAUGCGAUUGAGGACAGUGGUCAAGAAUCGGCAUACACACAACCUGCUUGCGUCGGGUCUGGCGGGUGCGGUGGUGGGUGCUGGUGCAGCAGCUUUUUCCAGAGGACCAGCGGCGAUUCACAAGGGUAUAGUGACGUUCGGAGUCGCAUGCACCGGAUUACAGCUGGCAGGUAACGAGGCGAGGAUUGUCAGAGAUACGAUGAUCAGACCCGCCCCGAGAGCUGUUCCCGUACCGGACAGUAUGACAGCACAAAGCGGUCCGAGCGACUCUAAGGUGGCAGCGUCUCAAGCAGCAGAGACUGCGGUCGAGGUUCAGCCGAAGCAGGGGCAAGUUGAACAAGGAGAGAAGUCAAGUUGGCUGAACAAGGUCAAGAAGGCAAUGCCGAUCCGAAGCGUAUCGGACCAGGAGUACGAGGACAAGUUGAAGCAGAGGUUGACCAGCGUAAACCAGAGGAUGGCUGAUGUUGAGAUGGAGAUUCGCGAGAUCGAAGAUCUGUUGAAGCAACAGCAAGAGAAGGAGCAGCAGGCUUGA